CAGUAUGCUCUUAACAGCUUUAUCUACACAUCUAACGAACCUCGCAUGUGACAGCAUGGCGCUGACUAAAAUCCAACAGGAUCUGCAUCGUGUUUGGACCUCUAGUCUGCAGGUCUGAAAGACUUUUUGAAUCGGACUUUAUUGUGGCAGACAGAGGCUCGUGGAGGAUUUACCGUUAGGAUGCCCGAGAAAUAAUGACCCACAGAGCAAUAUGGCCGUAUUUUCUCCUUGGUGUUGAUGGGUCAUCUAAAGGUAUGAUGUAAGGGGAGGGUGGUGCUUCAGAGAGAUAUAAACCACAUUGUCUCCUGGAUCAAGGCGAUUUUCAUCCAUCUUGUCAAGAACACCGGAUUCCAUUUUAAAAUAGGUUUUUUUUUUCACAAGAAUGGCUGAAGUGUCAGUAGCAGACAAGCUCUGCAAUGCCUGUGCCAGUGGAAAUACAGCUGAUGUGCUGUUUUUGAUAGAAAAUGGAGCAGAUGUUAAUGGAUUAAACUCUUUCAACAGAACUCCUAUUCAGGUGGUGAAGUUGGGGAAACCGUCUCUAGUUGAGGUCCUCCUUGAGGCAGGGGCAGACCCCAAUAUGCCUGACCCGGUCCUUAAUCUCACGGUGACCCACGACGCCGCACGCGAUGGCCACAAAGAUACUGUGCGCGUGCUGUUGGACUAUGGCGCAAAUCCGAACAUGGUGGAUGAUCGAGGUAACCUGCCGCUUCAUCUGGCAGCAAUGGGGGGUCACCUGGAGUUGACCCAGCUGCUGAUUGGAUGCACCCUCGACCCUCAAACCCGCAAUGGUCAGGGGUACACUGCCGCAGAGCUCGCGCAGCACCACGGGAAGACAGACGUCUUCAGUUUCAUCCAGCACUAUUUGGGCGCACACUAGAAGAAGAAGGAGAAGAAGAAACCUUAUGAUGGUAUAGCUUUUGCCUAUGGGCUAUAUUCUGGUAAAACCAUAAAAUAACAGCAGACUGUGAAUGAAGUGUGAUUGUUUUUUAUUCUGUUGUAUUUUGUAUAAGAGGAUAAAGAAUGUCUUUUAAAGUUUUUUUAACUAUUACCUUUUAAAGCACUAUUAAAGCCAUACUUAAAUGUGUUCUGGAUUGUUAUGAAAAUAAUACACAUGCAUGUAGGAGCCCAGAGAAAAAUGGUAUGCUAAGUGUAGUGGAAAAUUUUUGCUCCAUAUGCCUAAUAAUAGUCAAACUGAAACAGUGUGUUUAUGUGUGUCCUCUGAUUGUUUCGUGGCUCUUAAACGUGACUCUCAGAAUCAUGUUCACACUUCUUCCAUACCACUUGUAUGUGUGGGGGUGGGGGUCAGUGCAGCACUGGCAGCUCCCAUCGGAACCAUUAAAUAUCAAACUGGAAAGUAUUUUUAUCACAGAGUUGUCCAAUUAAGCCUCAAAAUAACAAAAAAAUAUUUUUUUCCAUUAACAAGGCAGACAUUUUGGUAAUGUAGUUGAAAAAUUUCUAUUUAUUAAAAAACCUACUGGUGAGGACAAAAUUUCAAAAAUUACAAAAAUCCUACCCCCUCAAAAGCAUCUGAAUAAGCAGAAAAUGUAUCCAAAACAGCAGUCGUGUUGGCCAGUCAUCCUUGUGACUGAAUAUUCUGAAUAAGUCUUCUGGGGCUGGAAUUCUGGGUUAAAGCUUUCCUGGACUCCAGGUUAUUAUGUGCAGCUGUUUUGAGGUUAAAUGGCCAGCCACCAGUACCCAAACCAUGAGUCACGAAGGGUGUGUGAGCACAUUUUCUGACUCAGUGCUUGCCUGUGCAUGAAAUCUGAUACCAUUCAAACACUAAAGCUAUUACAGACACAGACGUCUAAAUAGUGAUUGAAGACUUUGUUCUUCCCUGCUCACAGUGCUCAAGGCCAUGGUCAAGAUAAAGCCAGAAUGUGCACUCAGAUGAUCCUGGUUUGACUGGUUUUCACAGUGAACACUUCAGCUGAGCCGUUGUGACACAGCUGAGAUGCCCCUGAAAUAUGAAUGGAAUUUGCAUCUGUGUUUAUUCACGAGAAUCUUUGUUGAAUGUAGAAUCAGGUUUCACUUCUGUGGGGGAUUUCCUCAGUAGUUCAUCUGUAAGUAAAUAGUGG